AUGGGCAGUCUCAAUGAGGAGCAGGUGAUGGUUGUGGUGGAAGCGCUGGCGGGUGAGCUGGACAAGGACGACGUCAUGGUGCUCUGCCGAGUAUUCUCCGCCGCCUAUGGUGUCCAGCUUCGUUUUGUUCUCGCCGGUGAUCCGGGCGUUGGGGCUGGCUCGCUCCUCUCGGCGCUGGCUGCUGAAGCUUCUCGCCGCGCCGCAGUGCUCGCCGCCAAGACCGCCCAUCCCUACGCUGCCUUUCUCGGGCAAGACGAGACGAGCACUUUGGGAUCGGCUGCCUUUAGCUGCCCGCUCGGCCGCCCUGAGUUCUCGGUCGUCGACUCGCUGUACAACGAGCUCGCGGUCCGGCUGGAGCUCACCGCGCUGCGGACCGAGUCGCUCGACGCUGCCGCCGAGGAUCUGACCUGGCCACCGCCGACGGCCGACGCCGUCGAUCCUGUUCCGGUCGACGUCAUUGUCCUCGUUGCCGCCGUCGACACUCCCGGCUCACUCGCCCGCACUGCCUCUUACUGGGCCCCGGCGCUCCGUCGUCGGCUCGAUGCCCCUUACACUCCGAUGGUGCUGGCGGUGACCAAGGCCGACUUGCCGCGGAAGGCCCAUGCCUCCCGGCGCAACAGCCUCCUGGACAGCACCCUCGCCAGCAUCAACCGCGAUGCAGCCGCCGACGCUCCGGCUGUUCUUGUCGAAACCUCGGCCGCAUCCGGUGCAGGCGUGCCCGAGCUCCUCGAUGCCAUGCUCUUUCAGGCACUGCGGCCGACGUCUGCCGCAAAGGCGGCCUCCGACGCUGCCGCUGCUGCCGCCGGCAGCGCCUCGGGCCCCGCAUCGUCGUCAUCAGACUCUUCGUGGGCCUCCAAGUGCAGCAUCCAAUAA